AUGCAUGCAAGGAGGGCUUCCUUGCUGGUCACCUUAGCUCAGGAGAUUGUGGGAUUUGAGCUCUUGAAGGAGUUGUAUGAGGAAGAUACUGAUUUUAAGGAGAUCUGGACCAAGUGCAGCAGCAAUAAUGCAGUUGCAGAUUUUUAUGUGAAUGAAGGAUAUUUAUUCAAAGGCAAUCAUCUAUCUAUCCCUAGUUCUUCAUUGCGAGAAAAACUGAUUAGAGAUCUGCAUGGAGGGGGUUUGAGUGGGCACUUAGGCCGAGACAAAACUAUUGCUAGCCUUGAGGAGAGGUAUUUCUGGCCACAGUUGAAAAAGGAUGCAGGAACUAUCGUGAGGAAGUGCUACACCUGCCAGGUUUCUAAGGGUCAGUCCCAAAACACAGGACUUUAUCUUCCUUUACCUGUUCCUGAUGAUAUUUGGCAGGAUCUUGCUAUGGAUUUUGUGCUGGGAUUACCCCGUACCCAAAGAGGUGUGGAUUCUGUGUUUGUGGUAGUUGACAGGUUCUCUAAGAUGGCGCACUUUAUAGCUUGUAAGAAAACUGCUGAUGCGUCCAAUAUAGCCAAACUAUUUUUCAGGGAGGUGGUGGAGUUUGCUUAUAACAGUGCGGUGCAUAGUGCAACAGGGAAGUCCCCAUUCUCCUUAGUUUAUACUGCUGUUCCUCGACAUGUGGUGGAUUUGGUAAAGCUUCCUAAAGUUCCUGGUGUUAGUGUUGCUGCUGAAAGCAUGGCCAAGGAUGUGCAGUUUGUUAGAGAAUCAGUUAAGGCCAAGUUGGAACAAACUAAUGCAAAGUAUAAAGCUGCAGCUGACAAGCAUUGA